AUGACCCAACCAAAGCUCAGCCUACUUCAGCUGCCCUUCCCUGAUAUCUGGAAAUAUGGCAUGUUGGCACUGUCUGUUCUCCUGCUGGUGGUGGCAUUAAUCAUUCUGACUUGCCAACGGAGCAGAUGCCGGAAGUCCAGCAGAUUAUGGGAAGAAAGAAAAUUUGCCAAUGAAGCCCGGAGAAGGAUAGUAGAAGAGAAUGCCUUCGAGGGGGAAAGAUCGCAGACACCUCUUCUUGGCAUCGCUCGAGAGUAUGUUCAAGAGGUCAAGAUCCAAAGAAUCCAAAAGGAGCUCAAGAAGCUUGGGAUCUGCUUUUCACCACCAGCUUCAGAAAAUAGCCACGAAAUGGGCAACUUGAGUAGUGAUGCAGUUGUUUCUGAUGAGUAUCCAGGCAAACUGAAGUUCUCGCUUCUCUACAACAAAGAGCAGCUGGAGCUCCUCUUGACCGUCACAGGAGCCCUGGGCCUACCCACCCAACAGUGCACCAACACCUUUGUCAAGGUUAGGCUGCUGAGCUGCGCUUCCUCCCAGUCUCCUGAUCUCCAGUAUAUUGUCCACGAAUGGCAGACCCACGUGGCAAAGAACUCCAGCAGCCCAGACUUUGGGGACCAGUUUACUUGUACCCUGCAGGAGGCCGAACUGACAAGGAGCAGCAUCAAGUUACAGGUUAAACACUUUGACAAAUAUUCCCGGCAUAUGCCUCUGGGGGAAGUGAGAAUAGCUCUGAAUGCACUUAAUACUUCCAGAAAGAUCGAAUUCUGUGAAGAAUUACAGAAGGCGACAAAGGACACAGUCGGAGAAGUUCUUGUGUCACUGAAGUGUCUUCCGAUCUCUCAGAAGAUAGAGGUUGGGCUACUGAAAGUGAAAACUGCCUUCUUGUACAACAGUCCAGAGAAACGUAUCUAUGCAAGGAUUGAUGUCUUCUGCAAUCUCCAUAAGCAGAAGCAUCAGAAAUCCAAGCCCAAGACCCUCACAUCAAUUACUGUCUUCAAUGAAACGUUCCUGUUCCACCUGCCUCAGCCUAUAGUUUGGGAUUGUGCUCUCCUCAUUUCCAUUUAUGAGCUGCGUCCCAGAAGCAAGCAGCUUGUAGGACAGGCUGUGCUGGGGAAACAAGGACCCAACGAUAUGAAUGACCACUGGCAUCGCAUGGCACAGUCCAUCCAGCACCCUGUAGCUAAGUGGCACCCUUUGCUCAUUUAAAAGGAGGAUUUUGCAGUUAUGUGGAUGUGCCCAAACUUUCCUCCUUAACACUAGGAGCUACUGCAGCAUCCAAGCAAGCCCGCUUAAGCAGAGGUGAAUAAUGACAGGCAGAGUUUGGUCAGAGCAGCAGUAGUAGAGGCCACGUGGCUUCUUUCAUGCAAAACUUAUUUCUUUUCAUUCUCACAGGUGUUUCCAUUGAAGAAAAGGAUUUCCCCCAUCACUGCUACUGUGCCAUUGUACUUUAUAGCAAACAAGGAUACUGGGCUGAGGGGCAUAGAUGGAAAUCAAAGAAACUGUUGUGGGCACCAAAAAAAUACCCAUUUCACAGGAGAAAAACUGGCAAUGUUCAGAACCCAGCCCCCACAAAAAAAACAGAGCAAACAGCCACAUGUGCCCCAUGACACUAAGAAAAAAGCAGGCAACUCUCCUGCCAAACAAACAAGCAAAAAGCCAAAAUAACUGUGUAUUUUUUAUUGGUGCCAAAGGUGGAUGUUCUGAGGGCUCCAUUUGUGCUCACGGGCACUGCAUUGGGGAACCUAAUGGCAGCAUGGUGUAGCUACAACUGGGGCUUAAACACACUAAGAAAACACAGACACCCCCUUGCCAUUAAAAUAGUCAAGGGAAGAAUUGGACAUGGAGAGGAAGAGGAAUGGGAUGCCUAGGAUUGCAUAGGAAACCUGUGUUCCUUCUCUAUUUGGAACUCAAGUUCUUUUGCCACAUUUUCUGCCAGUUGGCCUACAGCUGAGAAGAGGCUAUAGCUCAGUGUCAGAGGACACACUUCGUGUGCAGAAAAUCCCAUAUAGGAUCCCUGACAUUUCCAGUUAAAAAGAUCACAGCUAACAUAUGUGGGGAAGACCUCUGCAUGAGGGCCUGCAUAGUUGCCAGCAUAGUAGUGAAGGGAGAGCUGUGGCUCAGGGGUAGACAGCUCCAACUCCCUGGCAACUCCAAGUCAGGCUCCCGUCUGAAAACUCUGAAGCUGCUGCCAGUUAGUGUAGACAAUGCUGGGCUUGGUAGGAAGCAGCUGCCUGUGUUCCUGACAGUUCCUGUGUUCCUGAACAGCCCUGACACUUCUGGAUAUAGGGCAGUAUAUAAAUUCAAGAAAUAAUGAUAAUAUAAGGGAGCAUCUAAUACAGAUGAAAGCAAAGCUAAAGACACUUUUUUCAUCAUUUGUGAUGAAAACCCACUGUGUGCCCACCCCACGCUGCCUCUACACUUCCAGCUCAUGCUAGCAGAUUGACCAGCUCCCAAUGGGCUCCAGAGUCCGUUCAACUUGUGGGUACUGAGAUUUAAACCCCUACAUACUUUAGUGGGCAGAUGUUUGUUUGACUGUCUUCCUCCCUAGUGGUCUGCUCAGUCACUGUGAUGUUAAUAUGAACUGGGGUGCCCUAGUCAUUCAAAGUAAGUGAUGACCGGAGAGAGUCUUUUUGCUUCUGGUACGCCACCUCUGCAGUGUUCUCAGGGAUGCUUGCAAAGCGCCUGUGUUUAUAUCAUUUCAGUGCCAGACAAAGAGCUUUUAA